AUGACAUCGUUAGGAAUUAUGACACUGAGCCGUGGACCAUACAGCGAGCUCGAUAAAAUGAGCCUAUUUCAAGAUUUGAAACUAAAGAGAAGAAAAGUCGACUCAAGAUGUAGCAGCGACGGCGAAUCUAUAGCUGAUACGAGCACAUCGUCGCCGGACCUUCUGCAGCCACUAUCUCCGAAGAUGUGUGAUCAGCAGCAGCAGUCUGCGCAUCAAACUCCUAAGGGCACUUCGUUGGCAAUCGGUGAUGAUGGAUUGCAGAAGGAUGCUUCAGAAGCCGCCCUAACUUCGCCACCAACAACACCGUCAACGGCGGACGGUGAGGAUCACGAGCAGCAGGUGUGCACAUCCGCCAGUGGUUUUGACACUGUUACGAACGAUGUCGGUAGUAAUAGCGCCGCAAGCAAUGAAACACACGCUAUAAACACCAGCAAUAGUUACCAUAGCAAUCGUUUGAAUGGGAGCGAAAUCAAAGAUGGAAGUGAACGAUCACACCACCAACAGGAUCGGUGCAUUUCCGUCAGCUAUCAAGAUGAUGAUAGCGACCCUGCCGAUCAUGAUAGUUCGUUGACGACUCUGUCAACAAAGCCUUCAAUAAGCGGGUACGACAACGGUACUGUAGCAAAUACCGCUAACUUCAAGGACGAAGCAUACGGGGGUAGCCAUAGAGCGUUGCCUGAAUGUACACCCGAUGUUUCAAUAGAAGAACGAGCUGCAGUCGCUAGAAAUGGUGGCCGCGGUAGUGCCUCGAACGUAACAGCUGCCAGUGUGAUACGUUCUGUCGCUGAUGAACGGCGACCUCGGUCGGUCAAUCAUCCUACCAUCUCCAUAACGACGCCUACCACUACCACGGAGCAGACCAGCGAUAGUAGCAACAGUAGUAGUAAUAGUAACGGUAUAAACACUAAUAAGUGCGUACGAUUAGAUAGCUCUACGAGCAGUAUCAACACACAAACAAGCCAUAAUACUAGUAACAAUCGCUGUGCUGCUACAACUACUACUGCAACCAGUACUAUUGCCUCUACUAGCGAUGUUGGCGCUGGUAGUAAAAGCAUCAAUGCAUCACUACCACAUCAAUACAAACGCUAUGGCGUAGGUUGUGCUGGUGUUGAAGAUGAUGUUGAUCAUACGGCAGCACCGAACGGAAUGGUUGAAAGCGAAACUGCUAAUCCGAGUGCUGAAAAUGUCAGAGUUAUUGCUGGUAAUAUUCAAACGCAACAGCAGCAUGUCACGGUUCUUGUUACUCCAGCUUUGUCGCGGAUGAAAGCCAACCAUCUCGUGACCGCAGAGAGAAAAAAUACUGGAAAUGCAACCACUGCUGCGGCGGCUGCGGCCGCAGCAGCCACGACGCUAGUGACAUUAGGAAUGCGGAAGCAGCAAUCAUUACCACCCCUUUCCACGGCAUUAACAGAAUCAACCUGUCCGCUAACAUCUUCGACAUCAUCCGCAACGGCAUCUCCGUCAUCAAUAUUAACUACGUCCUCAUCAAUAUCGCACUCUAUCAGCACGCCAUCGAACGGGCGCAACUUCAACAGCAACGAUAGCAAUCAAAACAAUAAUGGAAUACCGGAUCGUAUGCAGAGCGAGGGGGGUGAAGUGGAUAGUGAGCAUCAGAGACACAAACAAAACACACAAUCACCACCAUCAGCGAUCGGUUCCUCAACUUCUCCUGAAAGUGUCGCUACAACCGCUACUACUACUACUGUUACUGCUACUGCAGCUACCAUUUCCUCAGUAUCUCCCUCGGUACCAUUAUCCUUUCAGCACCAAUCGUCAUCUGCUAGUGCAGGUGGAUUAUCUUCAAAGAUCGUUUCUAGUCAAGUUAACGCCGCCGAUGCUGGGAGUGUUGUUGGGGCUAAUCCCAAAAAUCCCAACCAACCGCAACAUGUUAUAAUAACGCAGCAGCAAAUGCUUCAAGCAAUGCAUCAACAGAUACGUAUUAAAAAGGAGCGUCAGCAGCAGCAAAUGGUUCUGGCGAGUUCUGCUGCACAAGGUAACCAUCGACCGAUCAACACAAGCUUUUCGCCCGUUCAUCUGGCCGAGCAGUUGGUUAUCAAACGGGAACGAAGUGUAAGCGGUGGAUUAAAAUUACCACACGCUGCAGGCGGACCCUUGACACCAUCCCAUGCGACAAUUGUCCGUCAAUCCGCCAAUAGUCCUGGAUCGAUGGUUACUCCGAUGCAGCCACCGUUAUCGCCACAUCAGUCCUUGCCUUACCGACAGCCGAACAGUCCUGCGCAAGUAGGCUCUUCAUGUGGAAAUCAACAGCCGCAAGUGAUCGUGAAACGCGAACGUGGGACAUCCAUUCAUCAACAAACAUUUCACCAUCCAUCUUCUUCUAUUGCAAACGUUGUCUGUGUUAGUGGAUCAAACCCGAUUGGAAGUUUCGCAACAACUAGUAUCAGUACAACUACAACGUCUUCCGUCGGUAGCCUAUCGAUUCGGAAUCCGAUUCGUGAUGCUGCUAUUUUGUUUCGUGUGAAAAAUGAAACAAAUGUCGCCAGUGUUUUGGCAAACCAACAACAACAACAACAACAACAUCAGCAGCAGCAGCAGCAGCAGCAGCAGCAGCAUCAGCAGCAGCAGCAGCAACAACAACAACAACAACAACAUCACCGAAUGGUAUGGCCUGGUCCUCCAGCAUUAGCAGGAACGGCAGUAGUGUCUUCUGGUGCGUCGGCGCCACAACGGAUCAAUGGCGUUAAACCAGAAGUCAUUGGCGGUCCAUUGCCACCUAUAAGAAGUCAGCUUUCCUCACCGCACCAUCACACUCAUCAACAGCAACAACAUUCUCCCCAUCAUCAACAACAGUCGCCACAGCAUCAUCACGGCAGCCCGGGGCCAAUCGCAUCACAAACGCCUCCACGUGUCACCCCGACCGUUAUAAUGGGCGAAUCAUGCGGUGUUCGUACGAUGGUUUGGAGUUAUGAUACCGCUCUGCAACAGGUCCAUAAUACGGCUUCAUCAAACACAGCGAGUGUUGGAAACUCAAGCGCAGAUACCGUACCUGGAAUAGCCACGGUAAGUGGUGGCAUGACAGGAAACAGCAUCGGCGGAACUCAUCUUCAACAUCAUCAUCAACAACAACAGCUAACGCAUCAUCAACAUUUGCAGAGUCAACACACAGCACCAGGGUCUAUCAACCAUCAUCCACAACAACAAGGAUCUCACCAGGCGAAUGGAGGAUCGGGAAACACAGGCAAUGGCGGAAUGAUCGCCAGUAAUAGCAACAAUAAUAAUAAUUCCCACAACAACGUCUCACCGAAUAGCAAUAAUGAGGAAGCUGCACAUCUUCUAUUAAGCCUAGGUCAGUCAGUUGUGCCGGCAACGUCGCCAACUGCUGCUGUUGCAGUAGCAGCGGCUGCGGCUGCUGUCGUCGCUGGUCAUACCCAAGCAUGGCAAACGGCGAAUCAUCCGCGCACUAACUUACCGCUUAAUAUGGAGCGAUUGUGGGCCGGUGAUUACGGACAAUUUUCAACAGUGGGAUCUCAACAACAACAUCAACAACAGCAGGCUCUUAACCUAACCUCUCAACAACACCAGCAGCAGCAACAUUUGUCUUGGAGCCUAAGCGGUACAGGAGCUGGACCGAAAAAAGAAAUAUUAGACGACAUGCCACCGGACGAAGAUGACCAACCGUUAGUGUGUAUGAUAUGCGAAGAUAAAGCAACCGGACUACAUUACGGCAUAAUAACGUGUGAAGGCUGCAAAGGAUUCUUCAAGCGAACCGUACAGAAUCGACGAGUGUACACGUGCGUUGCUGAUGGCACAUGCGAGAUCACAAAGGCUCAGCGUAACCGUUGCCAGUAUUGUAGAUUUAAAAAAUGUAUCGAACAAGGCAUGGUGCUACAGGCGGUUCGAGAAGAUCGUAUGCCCGGUGGUCGAAACAGUGGAGCUGUCUAUAAUUUGUACAAAGUUAAAUAUAAGAAACAUAAAAAGAACAACCAGAAAUCAACCAAUGCUAAGCUACAACAGGGUACUGGUGCCAUCGGAACCGCCAUCACUAACCUUGGUGACAUCGGAGUUGGAGCUGGAGGACCACUGGGUAGCGGCAUUGCUUCCAUCGUUGGUAGCGCAGAAAGUCCAAAGUCGACAAACAUGUACCACCAUUCGCAAGUGGCAACGCAUCUUCAACAACACCACCAUUUACCAUCGACAACAUCACCGACGAUGGUAAAAUCCGAGAGCAUGAAUCUGAACUUAAUGAACGGUACCAUCCUUAAGACAGCACUCACCAACCCGAGCGAGAUCGUGCAUUUACGACACAGACUAGAUAACGCCGUGAGCUCAUCGAAGGAUCGGUCGAUCUCGUACGAACAAGCCUUGAACAUGAUACACACCCUUAUCGACUGUGAUGCUAUGGAAGAUAUAGCAACCCUACCGCAUUUUAGUGAAUUCCUCGCAGAUAAGUCAGAGAUUGGCGAUAAGCUGUGUAAUAUUGGCGACUCGAUCGUGCACAAGCUGGUCUCGUGGACGCGGAAGCUUCCGUUCUAUACGGACAUUCCUGUCGAAAUACAUACCAAACUGCUGACGGACAAGUGGCAUGAAAUAUUGGUAUUGACUACAGCAGCGUACCAAGCGAUGCAUGGUAAGAAAAACAUCAGCUCUACGCAAACGCAAAGCAGUAGUGGAGGGAUCGUGUUAGCGCCGGACAAAAACGAUCCCGAAUUCACUGAAGAGAUAACCUCUCAUCUGCACACGCUUCAAUCCUGCCUUACCACCCUUAUGGGUCACCCGAUAUCAAUCGAACAACUAAAGAUUGACGUUGGUCAGAUGGUUGAAAAGAUGACGCAAAUUACGAUAAUGUUUCGUAGGAUCAAACUCAAAAUGGAAGAGUACGUUUGUCUGAAGGUGUACAUUCUGCUCAAUAAAGAAGUUGAGUUGGAAAGUAUUCAGGAGAGAUACAUACAAGUACUUAGAAGUUAUCUACAGCACACCGUUCCGCACAAUCCCAACCGACUGAGUGAUCUUUUGGCACAUAUUCCUGAGAUUCAAACGGCAGCUAGUUUGCUCCUGGAGAGCAAAAUGUUUUACGUACCAUUCGUUCUAAAUUCAGCCAAUAUCAGGUAG